GAUUUUCAGAAUAUGGCGUUAUGUAUGACUGAAAAGGUAACGAAUAUUAUCACUGCAGAGUUAAAUCUCAAUAGAUGAGAUGCGACGACGGUGAAAUUAAAUCAUCCUUGUCCCCCACUCAUUAUCAAAUGCCGGUAUAACAAAUAAGCCGCAUCUUAAUAAUCGACGAUCUUCUCGGAGUCCGUGGAGCAUGAUUGAAUUGAUUUGGUUUUGACCAUGAGGUAGAUAUGAAUUAUUUAUUUCCAGCGUAAAAAAAGGUGAAAUCGAUGAUAUUUUGAAGUUAUCAAUUAAAUUCGUAAUUAAACGUUCAUUUAUCGUUAAGUCGUUCGCACCAAUUGCCGAAAUACUCAUCAAAUAUGGCUUCGAAUCUUGAACAUACUCUGUGGCUAUGGACCAAAGGUGCAACCUCUCGGAGAGUUAUGUACUCCGUAUUGGUCAAAGGACUAGUCUCUUCGGCUUCGGACCUUCUCCAGGGAAAGACGACACGGUCCAAUCUGCGUAUCAACACCGUCGAUUAUAGCGUUAAGGAAGGCUGGAUAUAUGGCGACCCAUCUGACCCACAGCCAAAGGGGUCGACGAAUCCGUGCAUGCAAACGACCGAUUUGACGACGGGGAGGUCAACCUACGUCCACGAGAGUGAAGCAAUUGUUCUAUAUCUCGAGGAUUUAUAUCCAGAGCACCCAUUAUGGUCAAGUUCCGCACUCGAGCGAGCGAGGACGAUGGAUCUAGUUAGCAAAGUCAACAUUGCGGUAAUCGACACAAACUAUAUCAUUCGGCACAUCACUCCGGAGUAUGGCGCUGCAUCGGGACUGAAGGCCGAGGAUCUAAGUCGUGCGACCGCCCUAAAUGCAAAGUAUCACGAAACUAAAGGCCUUCUCAAGGUACAGGAAUGGGCAGAGCAGAACGGGUUGGAGAAGACUGGGUGGAUCACUCCAGGCGUAAAUGGUCCAGGUCUAGGCGAUGUGGUCCUGGCUGCGCAUAUUAGAUUUAUCGAGGCAGUAUUUGGAUUUUAUAUGUUGAGUGAUGCUAGACUGGCUCGUCUAGAUAGUUGGUAUGGGAGGUUUAAACAACUUCCAUGGUGGAAAGAUUUCGAAGAACGUGACGAUAUCGUACCGGAGGUCCUCGCAGUUGGAAGGACCUCAAGGGCGGCUUGGGUUAAAAAGGAGGAUUUUGAGUCGCUCGGCUCGAUCAACAUCAAUUCUCCAUAGCUUCUCCUGUUACUGUACUUUUGUUGCAAUUGCAGGUCACUGAUAAAAAUGAUGUUGUAUUAGUUGAGUUCU